AUGCUUGCCAAUGUAGAUCAACAACUCAUCAUAAAAUGUUCCAUUGUGAUAGUCCUUUCAAUACAAGGGCUCCAUACACUCAGCAAAAUUCGUUUUCUUGUGCAUGUUGUAGAUCAACUAAUCAUAGACAAUCUACUCAUCCCAAUUGUCCUAACAAUUGCAACAACAUUAUGCAUAUCUGCUGCUGUAGAAACUGUUCAAGAAGAUGUAUUGGUCCUAACAUCUGUCAAAUUAAGGGCCCAAAUUAUCAUCAGCAUGUCUUUCCACCUAUGGAAAGCAGGUGUCCCCUUUUGUAAUGCAUAUAUGUCAAUAGAUGAGUGUCUUAAAGCAACCAGUGAACAAAGUUCCCGGUUUGGGCUAUGUUAUUCAAAUGGAAAAACCAUCAUUCCUUUACCUAUUGCAACUCUACAGAAACUAUUAGAUUUUGUAACAAAUCAUGAUAGUUCAGAUUGCCAGGCCACAAACUUCUAUAAAAAUAUCAGAGCCUUUAAUAGUGCAUUUGCAUUUGCUUCAAUUAAGGCAAACGUGGAUGAAAGACUUGCAAGUGGGACAGACGGUGUCUCCACAUUCCAUGUAAAUGGUACCAUAUAUCAUAAUGUUGGAGCACUUUGA